AUGAGAGAUCGGGCAGCCAUCAGCAUCGAAAAUUACACCAUAUACUCCGGCGAUGCUGAUGAGAACAAAGUAGGUGGCUGCGCGAUAGCUGUGAGGAAUUACAAGAAACUGGUGGAGGAAUUUGGCUCGACGUCGUCUAUAUGCGCCUUUAUACGACUGCGGGAUCGCAGAGGACGUAAACUCUGGAUCGUAAGUGCUCACGCACCUACGGAAACCGCUGAGGACAACAGUAAGGACGCUUUCUAUGAUGAACUCAAUGCGUUGAUGUCUAAAAUACCAAGCCAGCAGGUGGUCAUUGUCGGAAUCGACGCAAAUGCGAAUAUGGGACUCGAACAGUAG